AUGAACGACUCUCAGUCUACCGAGCCCAGCACGCCCAAUCUGCCCAAACGGCCUCCACAUCCUCACGAAAAUGCGCGACAGACGCUGAAGGAAGCUUUUCCCAACACCGACGUACGUCCCUGGCCGUCUAGGGCCGCAAUUCCUCUUACUAACGGGGUUCCCUUGCAGGAUGCAGUCAUUCGAGCCGUUCUGGCCGCCAGCGGCUACAAGCUUGAGCCAGCAUUCAACGCGUUGUUAGGCUUCAAUGAUCCAAAGGUUGCCGAAGAAUUGGAAGCAAUGACUCUGGAAGAGACAACAAGCACAAGUGCCACAACUCCAAACGGUUCCACUGUUCUUUCCGAAAAAUCGACUCCUUCGACCACCGCUGGAACGGAGACACGCCCUGCUCCCGAGGACGAGGCCAAGCUCCGUCAGCGCCAAUACGAGGAAGACGAACGUCUAGCACUUCCCAGGCCAUCAAACAGCGUAGCAUGGCUUGGAUGGGUCGACUUCGUGCACGUAUCGAGGAAGAAUUCAAACAAGGAUACGGACGACUCGGAUGACGAGAUCCCGUACGGACCCAAGUCCUCAGAGGUCGAUGCCUCGUCUGUGACCGCCACUACCGCGUAUGCCGUUUCCACACAGGCAACGCGGUCCCGGCGGACUCCGUCCAACGCUGCUACUGAUGCAGCAGCACCUCUCGAGUCUGCAUACGAAACGCCUCCGCGGGUCCCUCUUCGUCGGAAAACACCGCAAAUGCUUCCACCUUAUGAAACAGAUCCCUACAUGCUGAGUGAGCAUGACUUUGACCAGCUUCGGAGUCUCGAGUCAUCUCGUGGCGAUACAAAAUCCCAGACUCCCUCCAUCCUUUCUCUUUCUUCCCGUCGUCCCCGCAAGAGUCUCGAGGAGCAGAUUGUCGAGCAUGAUGCCGAAGUCGUUCCCAGUGAUGCUUUCGCUUUGGACGAAAGUGAUGCCGAGAGCGAGGAAGACCGGGCGGGCGAGAGAAAACAGGAGCAGGAGCAGAAGCAGAAGCAGGAGGAGAAGGGCAAGAAGCAAAAGGAAGAGGAGAUUGAGGUUGGAGGCAAGACCGAGAAUAAGGAAGCCGCUAACAUUGCCGCGGACCAAAAGAAUCCCGAGAGCAAGAGCGAGACUAAGGCGGCGAAGGACGAGGGUGAAGACAAAUCUGACGCUGUGAAGGAGCCCAACACCGAAAAGGAUUCCAAGGACGAGGAAAAGACAAACACUACGGCCAAAGCGGACACCAAAUCUGUUCCGGAAACCGUGUCUGAAAAGACCAAGGAUGAAACUGGUACUACUGAGACUUCAUCCUCUCCCGACAAGACUGGCCCUGCUGCUCAAAAGAAGGAGGCUGCUGCUGCUGCUGCUGCUACUGCUGCUACCCCUUCCAAGUCUACGGACUAA